UUCACAUUAGUAGCGGAACUAAAAAACAAAACAGACAAGGAGCCGAUCACCAAACACUACAGGAAAAAGGGUCGGAAAAAGGGACAAAAAAGAAAAAGAAAAAAGAGAAAAGAAACUCGGAGUUCAUAGCCAAAUAGAUCAUCGUCAUCGACGGACAUUGGUGGAAAUAGCAUUUGGGGUUUAGGGUUUUAGGUUGAGGAGGGUAUGAUUUGCCAUCUGGGUUUCGAUAUAUUUUGAUGAAAAAUUUCUACUUUAGCAAUUGAUUUUUGAUGGGGGUUUUUACUUGAGUGAAAUCGAGGAAGCUGGAGUGGAAGAUGAUGCGCAAUCAAAACUAUGCUCGUGUUGAUACCUUAGAGCUAAAAGCUCUCAUUGUUAGAAAGGUUGGGCAUCAAAGAGCAGAGAAGUACUUUGAUCAGCUGAGAAGGUUGUUUAGUUUGAAGAUUGGCAAAUGUGAUUUUGAUAAGUCUUGCAUUAAGACCAUUGGGAGGGAAAACAUCCCUCUUCACAACCGGCUUAUUAGAUCCAUUAUCAAGAAUGCAUGCAUUGCUAAAGUUCCACCGUUGAAAACUAUUAAAAAGGUAGGAAGUAACCUUCAAAUUGGAAAUGGUUAUCAGCGAAAUUGUCUUCAGUCUCUUUAUGGCGAUGCAUUUCCUCCUUCCCCUCGCAAAGGUAGGUCUCCUGUCAAUCGGGAUAGAAAGUUCCGGGAUCGUCCAAGUCCAUUGGGACCUCUUGGAAAGCCACAGAGUAUUGUAUGUGAGGAGUCAGUUUCCAAGGCACAAGAGCAGAGUGCUACUGAAUUGCUUUCACUUGGGAGCAGGCCUCCUGCUGAAGUUGCAUCUGUGGAAGAUGGGGAAGAGGUUGAGCAGGUGGCUGGUAGCCCGGGUGUUCAGAGUAGAAGUCCAGUUACUGCUCCUCUUGGUAUCUCCAUAAAUUUUGGUGGAGCUCGCAAAGCUCUUUCUAAUGCUUUCUUAAGUAAUAAUUACCACCUAGACACCUGCCAAAAUAGAGGUGAGCUACCCGAUACAAGAUCACUAAGAAGUCGUUUGCAGCAGAAGUUGGGGAUGGACGGAAUUAGUGUUUCUGUGGAUUGUGUUAACCUACUGAAUAAUGGCUUGGAUGCUUUCUUAAAAAGAUUGAUUGAGCCCUGUGUAGGAUUAGCUGGGUUGAGGUCUGGAGAUGGGAAUUUGAAGCAAUCAAAUGGUCAGUUCAUUCCAAGAUUGAAUGGAAUGUUACAUCAGAAUUACUUGCAACACUCAGCAAAAUCAUUUUAUGCAUCCAUGUUGGAUUUUCGUGCUGCAAUGGAACUGAAUCCCCAGGUACUUGGUGAAGAUUGGGCUAUGCAGCUCGAGAAAAUUAGUCUUAGCUCUUUUGAAGGUUGAGAAGAAUCUGGUUCACUUAAACUAGCUUAGGAAAUUAUCAUAUAUGAUUUCACGUUCAGAAUGAAUAUAUGAUUAGGUUUUUUUAUCUUUUAUCAAAAUAUACCUUUGCUUGAAUUUUGAUGUCUUCUUGUGGAGCUCUACCAAUAUUAGCCAAAGAAUUCCAUUUUUCAUUGGGGAGGUUGGGGGUAGGGGUUGGGUAAAAGGAACACUCUUAACAGCUGCGACCUGCGAAAGUUUUGAAUCAAGUUGAUGAACAAGCAUUUAGAUUUUAGCACCUAUGAUCAUUAGAAGGAGAUAGGUUUAUACGAGGAAUGUAAAAUACUUGAUAUGAUUAAGAUCCCAUUGUUGAACAAUUCUUCAGUCGAUAUCUAGUUUUAUGUUAUUCUUUCUUUAUCA